AUGGGAGUGAAGGUUGAUGGUCGGCAGCUACACCAUUUGCACAUUGCUGAUGGCAUCGUACUGAUAAAACCUAGCAUCAGCCAAGCGGAACGAAUGCUGACCGAAUUCGACGAAACAUGUGGAUGCAUCGGCCUUCAGCUGAAUCUACAAAAGACGAUGUUCAUGCGGGACGGAUGGGUCUCGGAUGCCCCAUUCACGCUCAACGGAACGAUACCUAUAGAAGGGGGUGCAGCGGGUCCACCGACGCCAGAUACCUAUAGAAGGAGCUGCGACGGGUCCGCCGGCGUCAGAUACCUAUUGAAAAGAGUGCGACGGGUCCAUCGACGCCAGAUACCUAUCGAUGGGGGUGCGACGGGUCCACCGGCGUCGGAUUGGUGCGCCGGCGCCAGAUAG